UGUCUCCAUGGAGAUCAGGUAUGGCGGCGUCGCGAACGAAGAUCAGGACUGCGAAGUCGCACCACAAAGUUAACGAAAAGGCAGUCGCUGACAGCACUCGGAUUGAAGAGGUCACUGUGAAGGAAAGAGAAAAUCCACUGGCCUGGAAAUUUAUCUCCUUUUCCGAGAUGUCAGAACUUAUACUAUUAAACGUGGAGUUCGUUGAGAAAGUAUUGGCUGAAAUUCUACAACUGAAACAGUACCAGUAUUGCAUGAAAGAAGGCAGUCUCUUGGAUUAUUAUGUCUCUGGGUUCUGGUGGGCCAAGAAGCAAGUUUUCACACUACUUCAAAUAUCUGUCUUCAUGACUAUGUUAAAUAUCGUUUUGGAGAACAUCAGCAACAAACACUUGCCAUUGUUAGAUAACUUAAGAGAGCUCACGAAACUCAUGACUGAAGUUAGUCAGUCAAGUUCAGAUAAGAGUCGUGGUGUGGAAUUCUUCACUGUCGACCAAGCCAAGGCCAUUAUUGAUUACAUGAAGAUCAGUGUAUUUCAGCAUUAUGGAUUAUAUGAGUUCCUUUUCCAUCAUACUCCUGACCUAGAGAUUCUGGACACUAAGCUUGAGGUUGAAGUCAUCAAGUCAGCAGAUCCGUUUCCUCCACCAUUGGAAGAGAGUUUAACUUGGGAUAUCUACUCAUCCUUCGUACUGCAGUCAACAGAGGAACCAGAGGCUGAGGUUGAGGCAGAGACUGAGGAGAAUAUGGAAGUUAAAGCCUUCACAACUGAAGAUCCUCUGGCAUGUUAUAGCAUAGAUGAUGUCAAAUCAGUGCUGAGUCAAGUAACAGACAAAGUGCUUGCCAAUAUUCAGAGCGAGAUAGGCGAAAAGCUACAAAGGCAAGAAGAGGCCUUCGCUGCAAGAAUCAAUAAACUGAGAAAGCUGUGAGCAUUGAGAUUGGAGCAGCUGCUGGAUUUCCAGGAAACAACAGCCCCAUAGGUGUUGCUGUUUGCUAAGAUAAUUAUUCCAUUGGAAAGUAGGCAAAAGUGAGGAGAGAUCUCAAAACCAUUCCUUGUUUUCAUGAAAAAGCAUUGAACAUUUUGUUGCCUUGUGUUUUGUCUCCUUAUGUAGUGUAUGUUUACAAGAAACUAUCAAAGAUUCUCAAGAUGAUGCCAAUCACAUUUCCUGGUAGGAUUAUAGUCCAUAGCUGUUUUGUUCAUUGCUCAGUUAUAGAUAUUAAUAAUUUUCUUAGUUUAACUAUACAUUCAGUGGAAAUUAUUUUGUUGUGUACUCCACUGCGCACACCAGCUCCAGCUGGGAGAACAGGCUUUUGCCCUGCCUCCAGAGCACAGUCUCAGACUAACUUACAAUGAAGAGGAAACAACUGAUUGAAGAGGAAGGGAGAGGAACUAGAGAGGCGCGAUUCCUGUAGAAAGAAUAAAGACAAAGGAAAUAAACAUUUAUCACUGGUUUGUGCAAAGACAACAAAAAUAGUCCAUUCUGUUAGAUUUAAAAGUAACACACACAGAGUACUGGAGGAACACUGCAGGUCAGCAGCAUCUAUAGAGAGGAAAUAAUAGUCAACAUUUCUAGCCGAUAACCUUCAUCAGGACUAGAAAGGAAGGGGAAGAAGCCAAACUGAGGUGGUUGUCAGUAAACAUAGGGGAGACUCGACCCAAAAGCAGAGCAGCAGAGAUGACUUAGUGAUGAACAUUAGCUUUAAUAUUCAGUUUCAAAAUUACAAACCACAAGGGGCCACAAAACAAGAGAGAACAGAUACUAAACUCUAGGUAACAAGGUAACUGAAGGCUUAGAGCAACAGGUUGAGGCUGGCUGUUUCAAUGGGUGAACAAGCACAGUGGUUAACAGCUGGGUUUAAAUAGGAUGCAAGUGAUACGUUAGAAACAACUGGCAGGUGACUCCUGUUAGUUGGGUGGAGACUGAGCGGUCCUUGCUUGUGCAGGCUUGAUCAGGUGGGGUGGGGGCAGGGAAGGACUAUAAGCUGGAAGGUGAGAGGUGAACCUAGGUGAGGAGGAGAAAGAAUGAAGUGAGAUUUAAUGGAGUUUCUUCGCCCAGUUGUUAAUAGGAGUCAGAUGUUGCUGGGGGUGUGAAUCAGACCAAUCAAUGAUAGCAAUUAUCCUGCCCACAGUAUAGGAAACACCUCCUAUCACUCAUACGCUUCAUGAUAAAUUUUACUGAGAUUGUAUCCUUAAAAAUUAAGCUGCCAUUCUUACUUACUUUACUUUAUUGUCACCAAACAGUUGAUACUAGAGUGUACAAUCAUCACAGCGAUAUUUGAUUCUGCGCUUCACGCUCCCUGGAGUACAAAUUGAAGUAAAUAUAAUAAAAAAUUAAAUUAUAAAUCAUAAUUAGAAAACAGAAAAGGAGAAGUAUGGUAGUGUAAGCCAGGCCCGGAUAUUUGGAAGGUACGGCCCAGAUCCAGGUCAGGAUCCGUUCAGCAGUCUUAUCUCAGUUGGAAAGAAGCUGUUCCCAAAUCUGGCCGUACGAAUCUUCAAGCUCCUGAACCUUCACAAACAACCACUGUGAAUUCACAUUUUAUAGACUAGCAGUCAAAACCACUGUUACUUAGCAAUGUAACCACUACUUAAAUUUCUUUGAAAAUUAUGCACAAAAAUUUUUAUUAUUUAAAUCUAUUUACAUUUAAUAGAACUAUAAUCCACAAUAUACAUUCUUUCUCCCCACCUUCACCUACUAGUAGUAAAGCAGGAAUUCUUAAUAAUGGACUAUAAAAUCUUAUCACCACUGAAGUCAGGCUAACUGGCCUAUAAUUUCUUGCCUUUUGCCUACCUCACUUUUUAAGAGUGGAGUAAAUCUGUAAUUUCCCAGUAGCCUGGAACCAUUCCUGACUAAUGAUUCUUGAAAGAUCUUGACUUAUGCCUCCACAAUUAUUUCUGUUACCUCUUUCAGAACUAUGGGGUGUAGUCCAUCUUGUCCAGGUGACUCCAUGGGUUUCAGGUGAUGGAAAGUAAAUUUUCAAGUUUGUACUGACAUCCAUGUCCACACUAGACUGGAUAAAUCCGUAACCAAAGCUUUUUCUCUUCGUUUUGACCCUCCGUCCACACUGAAAUGGCGUUUCCCUCUCCUGAAAAUGGGGCUUUUCUAAAAUGCUCUCCAGUGUGUUUAAAUCUGAAAAUGCCGAUUGGCCAGUGUAGUGUGGACGGGGUAAUGGAGCUUUUUAAAAGCGCUGUCAUGACGUACCAAAACAGAUGGUAGCGGCAGCGCGGCAUUUCAUAAUUUUCUUGAACGCAACCUCCAGCACCACAACAAUGGCUGACGGCUUUAGGAAACUGUCCCUGAGCAGAAUGUUACUGCAGCUUUGCAGUAUGACAGAGAAUUUCAAACCCCCACACAACCUAACAAUUUCAGAACAGACGGCAACAAGACUAAAACCAGAAUAGUUAGAAAUGUACUCACCGAAUACUUUGACCCAUAACUUACUGAAUAAAUAAGUGUACUCACUUGGCCCUGUUUAUGCAAGUACUUCUCUGACAAUAGAUGUGUUACAGCCUAAUGUAACAUUGUACGCAAAUACAAGAUAACACUGAUUCAGACAUGUUUUAUACAUUUAACAGGGUGCUUUAUUAAUGUAUUGCUUGUGCAAACAUUCAAUAGAUGCAAUUGGCACUAUUUCCAAAAUGAUAUUUUUAAGUAGUAGCUUAUGUUUGGCAUAGACAUAAAAACAUUAAGGCCAAAACAGGAAAAUUGUAAGUUUCACUUUUACUCAGGUAAAAAUAAAAUCACUUUUGCCCAGUAGUUUUAUUGCACAUGUUAAAUACAGCAAAAUAAUACAGAAAGACAUGGUAAAAGUAAAGGCAAACAAAUGAGGUAACAGCAAAUUUCACUUUUGCCCAGUAACUUAUUGCAUUUAGUGGUAGUUAUCAUUCCUUUAAUCAGUAAAGAAACUAUGGCUGUAGGAAAUGUUUCCAGUACUGUUCAUGAACUCCCUGUUGGUUGACUCCAUACGCUCCAGUGGUUUGUUUUAGUUUUAAAUCCUCCUGCGCAAGAGCCAAUGGCUGUCUGUUGUUUGGCAAUUUCCUAAGUUUUUACUAGUCUGUAACUGGACAAAUGCGCUCCAAGUCUUUCACAGCGAGAUUCGACACCAAACAUGUUGCUUGUUUUCUCCUGCGCUUGCCCAGCAGGAGGAGAUUUGCCCAAAUACCUGUUCUAAUGUGGACAGAGGUAUUUUCAAAAACGCCUGGUGUGGACGCCUAUCGUUUUUACGCAAAACCAGCACUUUCAAAAUUAUCCGGUCUAGUGUGGACGUAGCCUUAGACAUAAUCAUCUGAACUACACAAUGAACAAUCACAUGAUUGCUCAUUCAUGUGCCUGUGAUUAUUGAUGAGCAACUUUGAGAGGGAAUGAUCAGUUUUAAAAUCCUUAUGAUCCUGAGAUUAUAUUACAACCUGAAAAAUUACAAUCUGCAACAUGUUAAUCAACAAAGUUGUGUGAUAGAGUAUUUAUUUUCCUAAGAUGAAUUAUGAAAAUAAAAUGCAACUAAAAUUAGAUUAAUGAGUGUGAUGGAAGUUCCCACAUUCACAAGUUGAAAUCCAGAUGUGAGUUCACAUUAAGAUUCACAACCCAAAAUUUCAACUGUUCAUUUCUCUCCAUAGAUGCUGCCUGACCUGCUGAGUUUCCCCAGCAUCUUGUGUUCACUAAUUCAAAACUCUGCUGCUCUGUACACAGAGGUAACCUGUUUGUGACUGGGUGGUUUUCCCUGCAGUGUCCUGCUGCGCACAUUGCUUUCUACAGAUUACAACAGAGUGGCACUUCAAAUUCUCAGCAACAGCUUGUACUUAUGUAGCAUCAUUAGCAUUGAGCCAAUAAACAAGGUUGAUAAAGCGACGGGUUUUAAGAAGCAUCUUAAAAGAUGGAAAAAGAGAUUAAGAGGUUCAGAGAGGGUUUGUGGCUGGGGCUGCUGAAGGUUUGGCAAUUUGUUGUGGGGAAGAAAAUCAAAUGCUCAGGGGGCUGGGGUAGGAGACUUAAUGACAGGGAUUAUCAAGCUGUGGUUGACUGCAGUGAAGACAUUUUAAAAAUGUGGUAGUUGAUUAUUAAUUACAGAUUUACAGAGUUUUUUGCAGCUAUCUGCAAAACAACUCUGAACUGGCUGCAUCAUUGUGAUUAACUCCCAGUUAGUCAUUUUUUGACAAAGUGACCCUGUUGUAAUCUUGCCCCCUUCUGUUCAAUUUGAUAAUUGCAGUGAUGAGAAAAUUAAUAGUAGAAAUAUUUGCAGAUCCAUCACUCUGAAACUUCAGCUAUAAUUUUAAAUUCAUCUGUUGAAAAUAUUUGAUUUUGUGCAUAUAUCUGGCUUGGACAUUUUAAUUAAACCAAAAAUGUUUUAUAUUACCAGGUAAUUUUAUUUUAUAAAAGGCAGAAUUGUAUACUACACAUUUUUAUACCAGGCUGUUUAGUCCCAUGCAACUGUAUUUAGCCUGGAAGAUUGGCACUGCAUGUCUUUGUAGCUGGCAUUUAAGCUGCUUCCUAGUCUUGCCACGAAGAUGUAUGUUAAGGAAGAAGAAACAUCCAUUUCAUUCCACCAGAGGUCAGUUAUAUAUAAUGGGGUAAACCAUGCUGACUUAAGGUGACAGCUCUGAUGAAGCUGUUGGUGUGCUAACUAGAUUCUAUCUCAUAUAGCUAGGAAGUUCUUUCCGGGAUCUGCAUCAAUACCUAACCCUCACUCAACAGUUUAUUUCAUCAUGAUCACAUUGAUGUUCAUUGGAUAUUUUCCCAUAUAUCCUUAAAAUAUGGGGAGCCAUUGCAGAGUUUUUCAACAAUUCUCUUCCCCUACUUCCCUGAAACAUUUUAUCACAUUUUCUCACAUGCCUUAUUACCGUCUUUUCUACCAUCCUCUCAUAUCAUCAAGGACCGUCUUCAUCUCUGUACUACCAUCAGGCAGGAGGUACAGGAGCCUUAGUUCGUACAGCACCAGGUUCAGGAACAGAUAUUACCCUCCAACCAUGAGGCUCCUGAAACAUCAUGGAUAACUUCAGUCACCUCAACUCUGAACUGAUUCCAUAAUCUAUGGACUCACUUUCAAGCACACAAUAACUCAUGUUCUCAGUAUUUUUUAAAUUUGCCCAAUUUAUCUUCUUUUGCAAAUUGGUUGUAUGUCAGUAAAUAUGUAUAGCUUUUCAUAAGUUCUAUUGUAUUUCUUUUUCCUGUAAAAGCUUGCAAAAAAUGAAUCUUAAGGUAGUACGUGAUGACAUACAUGUACUUUGAUAAUAAAUUAACUUUGAUAUUGGGGCAGUCUACAAUAACCAACUAAUUUACCAACCCGCACACUUUAGGAAGUGGGAAUAUCCAGAAGAAAGCCCUGUGGUCGGGAGAGCGUGCAGAUGGCAGGAGCUGUGAGGCAGAGGUACUGCUCACUAUGCCAGCAUGAUAAAAAUUGGUUUCCUAAUCUCCUACAUUACAACAAUGAGUAUACUUCAAAUAUAGUACAUAGUACACCCUCCAGCAGCCUGUGGAGAGAAACAAAAUUCACACAUCAGAUUGAUAACCUUUCAUCAGUAUGUUAUAUUUCAUCUUUCUGUACAGUUACUCUAAAGUGUGUUAGCACUGAAUAACUUGAGGAUCCCUCUUAAUUGAGUAAUAAUUCUUUCUGUGAUUAUUUGUAACCAUUGGCAUUUGAUAGCUGGUAAACAUUUCACGAACAUUU